GCGGCGAGGGGGAGGAGAGAGAGAGAGAGAGAGGAGGAGAGAGGAAGGAGGAGAUAGGAAGGAGGAGAGAGGGAGGAGACGGAACGCACAUCACAUGCAGCUCGAGCAGCAGACCGGUCGGAUCUCUCUGUCCCUCAUAUCGGAAUCUGCAGGUCCAGAAGAAAGGGCAGACCAGCAGGAGGACUACAUGCUCAGCUCGCUCUGCUCCUGAGAAGAACCACGACACCGAUCAGACAGCAUGGACUUUGUGAUGAAGCAAGCUCUAGGUGGAGCCACCAAAGACAUGGGGAAGAUGCUGGGGGGGGAGGAGGAGAAAGACCCCGAUGCAUCCAAGAAAGAGGAGGAGCGGCAGGAGGCGCUGAGGCAGCAGGAAGAGGAGAGGAAGGCCAAGCAUGCUCGCAUGGAGGCCGAGAGGGAGAAAGUACGGCAGACCAUCAGGGACAAGUACGGGCUGAAGAAGAAGGAGGAGAAGGAGGCGGAGGAGAAGGCUGCCAUGGAGCAGGCCUGCGAGGGCUCCUUGACCCGUCCUAAGAAGGCAAUUCCUCGGGGAUGCGGAGACAACGACGAAGAGGACGAGGAGAGCAUCCUGGACACCGUCCUCAAGUUCCUGCCCGGACCCCUGCAGGACAUGUUCAAGAAGUGAAAGGAGGCGGGGUUUGAGAGUUGAUCUGGGCGAAACUCUUGGAGGCAUCUCACUGCCUUUCUACAAAUCCUUUACGUCCUUCUUUUUCUACUCUUUUUAUUUGACAUUUUCUAUCGCCCUCUGUCCUUUUUUUCCUCGUUACUACUCAGACAUUCCAAUUGGUCUGCUGCCGUCUGUUGCCGGGCAACAGGCACCGACGGAGAGGAGGAGGACGACAGGUGGAGCAUGAUUGUGUUUUUCUACUUUUAAGAACCUCAGCGUUUAUAUUCCAAUCAGAUGAGUCUGCGUUUUCAGUUUGAGCGUUGUGUGUCUUCUUACAUUGUCUUCCAGCAGAGGACACGUCAAACAUUCAAUGCCUCUGAUGGAGACAUUUAUUGUGUCUGUCUCUGUUAGCGACAUUGAAUGUCUCUGAUAAGGACAUGUAUCUCCAGUAAUCUGAGGCCAGGUCUUCAGGCAAAGAACUAAGCACAUUGCAUCUCUUCGAGUCUUUGAGCUACUGAGGAACUUCAUGCGUUACUUCCUUUCGACUUGGUCCUCUAAACCUUCUCAGACGAUCUCAGCUACUUACACUGCCACCGAGCUACAGACGGCUGAAGAUCUGUAAAAGAUUUAUAUUUUCGAGUCUUUUCUUUGAAUCCCACUUUAAAAAAGUCUUUGUCCAUAAAUGGGGCGAAGCUCCGAGUCCGGUUGUUAGUGAGCGUCCCGGUGAAGACAAUUGAGGUUUGGCCCGCUGGAGGACAGUGGGAGGAGCCUGUACCUCCUGUCACAACCUCCGUCAUUGGUUGAAAGAGGUUUCCACCGUAGGCACUUAAUCAACUGUCUACUUCUUCACGUGCUCUUCUCUCUGUUUCUUCUGAACACAAAUGCAAACGUCCGGCCUUGUCUCUGCUUGCGGACGAUUCGCAAAUGUGCCGCCAUGUUUAAUGCGACCAUCUUCGUCCAUGUUUCCCUCCGUCCCUCCGGCACUUCAUGCGGGGACCAAAGAAGUACCGGCGACGUCCUCACAUUUCCUUUUGCAUGGAGUCCCGCAGGAGUCCAGAGUGUUGCAUGAAACCCAAAGAAAAGCCCAAAGUUGAGUCCUCUUUCGUAGAUAUAGGAAGGAACCAUCCGUAUUCAGUGCAAUGUCCCCCUCCCCUCACUGUCCCCUCAGGUCCCCUCUCCUCAUUGUCCCCACCUUGUCCACUCCCCUCCUUGUCCCCCCAUAUCCACUCCCCUUCUUCUCCUUCCAUGUCCCCCAGGUCCCCUCUCCUCAUUGUCCCUUCAUUUCCUCCCAUGUGCUCUCAUGUCCCCUCUCCUCAUUGUCUCCCCAUGUCAUCUUCCCUCCAUGUCCUCCCAUGUCCCCUCAUGAAAUGAUCACAAACACUAGUGAACCAUUUGUUUAACUUAAAGCUCGUUGAAGCCAUAUUAUUUUAUUGAUCGCAAUAAUUACUUUAAAUUAUAAAGAAAGAGAGAAUUGUCUCGUGUUUUCUGGAAUAAAAGAUAGAGAAACUACAUUUCUAUAUCUGUUUGUGAAUGUCUACACAUGGACAAUGUUUGUAGAACAUGUUUACUGUUAGUGUGUGUGAGUUUGUCUUUAGAUGUGUGUGUCUUUCUACACACACAUCUAUAUAUAUAUAUACAUAUAUAAAUAUAUAUAUUUAGGGUUAGAACAGAACCCGAUCCGACACAAGAGGGAUCCACAGUUUGUUGUUGUCUGAAGUUUGAAGCUGAAGGACGUUAUUAUUUUAUUUUUCCAAAACGGACACCAAAUGAAACACAAACAAAUAAAAAUAGAUGAAAAAUAAAUAAACAAAAUGAGUUUCAAUGUGAGAUGUCAGCAUGAAGAGGCUUCCAACGAUGGGAGAGCAGGAUGAAUGAAUGAAUGAGGACCACACAGAGACACUCCGACCUCCCAUUGAAGCAGAGAUUCUCCUUCUGGUGAUACAGCGCACGUUUACGAGAUGCAAAGAGCGCUUGAGAUGAAGAACUUUAAAUGUUAGCGUAGCUCGACUGGACUGUUGAACACUGUAAUGAUGUCAUGACAUUUGUCUUUUUUUUUCUUUUUUUUUCACGCAAGAAUCAUCUCAGACGACCCCCGCUAAUCCCUGCCAGUAGCUCUGGCUAUCGGGCUAACGAGCUAACGAGCUAACGGGCCACCGGCUCCAUUUCACAGCUUACCUCGUGGCCACAUUUACGUCCCCUCAGCAGGGGACGAGGUCCUUUCAAUACAUUCCCGUCGUUAACGCACCAACGUUACACAGAAAGCACUUUCCCUUUAGCUCAGCCGAUCGUGCCCCCAAAGUGGAGACCUUGUCUUGGUCCCUUUUUUAAGGAUUUAAAAAGGUACCCAGAGCUGGAUGAAAAUGAUUGGAUUCUUCUUUCAUCACAUCACAUCACAUGUCAUUUAUCUGAGGCUUUUAUUCAAAGCCACUUACAAUAAGAGCAUUUCAAUCAUAAGUAAACAAACUCAGAAGAACAAGAAACAAGUGUAAUUUCAUCAAAUAAGCCGAUGUACAACUUGUUAUAGAUAAGAUCCAUUAUAAGUCCAGUUUAAGGUCUACAGUGUGUUAGUGUUUUAGUGGAGGUUUAGUCUGAAGAGGUGUGUCUUUAGUCUGAAGACAUAAAGGCUCUCUGUGGUCCUGAUGUCAUCAGAGAGCUCCUUCCACCAUUUAGGAGCAGGACAGCAAAGAGUCGUGAUCUAGUCGAGUGUUUUGCUCUCAGUGAGGGAGGAACAAGCAGCUUGAUGUUGGGAUGGAGGGUUCCACCAUGUCUUAAAGUUUCUACAUUCUAAAUGGGGUGAAUUUCUUAACUUCUGCAUCCUGAAAUAAUUUCACCAAGAAUGGUUAAGAAUGUGAAACAUGGCUUCUUGUGCUGUGUGUCCUUUAGCUGCAUGUUAUGUCCUCGAUGUGGAGCCCAAUCACUGUAAACCGUACCAUUCUUUUUGGAAAUGAAAUAGAACCAAUAAAACCGGUUAAUAAAAAG